GACAGGUCAGUAUUUUGCAACUUGUAUAGGAAAUGGUAAAUAUGUAAAAAAACAGUCAAAUUUGAAACAGCCGUUAUCACAUAGUUUCCAGUGUGUAUAUAUAUAUGUCUAAUUUCGUUUGAGAAUAUGUAAAUAUAAAUAAUAGAAAAUAAUGAGUGAUCCCGAAACAUUAACUUCUGAGAAUCUACUGAACUCUCCAACGAGCAAUCAGAAAGUAAACAAACGUAGAUCAUCAGUUUUCAAACGACAAUCACUUGUUUCUAAAGAUCAAGAUUUAGAAAUCACCAAUUUAACUGAAGAAGCUAGUCAUGAAUCAAAAAAAUUCAAGACACAUAAUAAACAUGAGCAGCAAGAGAUCUUUAAUAUCAAAGUAUAUAUUGAUAAUUUAAAAAAAGAAGACAAGAGUUGGCGAGAUGAAUAUUUGAAAAGGAAGUAUCAAGUACAGGAAUUAUUGAAACGUGAUAAAAAUCAUGAAUUUAUUCAAACUAUAAACAACAUAUGUUUAUCAGAUUCUGAGAGAGCAUUUCUUUCAAUGAAACCCGAUUAUGAUGAAUUUAACAAUAAUCUGUUACAGUUGCAUGCACUAGCUACCAAAGUUGUUUAUUUUAAUUUAUGCUCAGAAAAUUUCCGCUACAAAUCGUCAUUAAAAUUACAAAACGAUUUUGAUGAUGCAAAAUAUAGAAUUAUUAAUCUUGCUGAUUGAAAAGACAUAAAUAAUGAAAAUGUAUAUUUUUUGUAAUAAAUUACUUUAUAAUGACAUUGCUUGUAAAUACAAAUAAAUUAUUAAAACUAGUCAAUAAAUUACAAAUUAGUCAUCUGUAGAUAUGAAAACUUUUUC